ACAGCCAUAUUGCAUUUCAAAAUAUAAUACAACGGACGUUGAAAUCAGCUGCAAACUGAAGAAAAACGAACUUUUUGUCGAACUUUUCUCACGUAAGAGUGUUUGUUUUAACGAAAAAUAAUGUCACGCCAAACAAAUGCCAACGAUUACCUGUUCGGAAGACGUGAAACGGGUCUAAUGCAAACGAAAUACAUUACAAGAGGCGCUGCUGCCUUCAGAUCAACAUCACCCAACAGUUCCAGCAGCUCAGAUUCAUGUGAAGACAGCUUUGAUCAAAUAUACAAAGCGUUGAAAAAUUCAGGCGCUCCGUCUGCCGAUACAACCACAAUACAACGAGAAGUAGAUUCGAUGGCGCAGUCAUCUGACUCCGGCAAUAAUAAAAUUGACCAAGAAGAAUGCGACGAAUUGGACGAAUUGUUCAAAAAUAUCGAUCUGAAAGACACGACCGACAAAAUACCAAGUGAAUGGCUCGAAGACAACGAACAUCCGUUGCCAGACAAUGUCGGCCUGUCAACCGUGUACGAAGGUAGCGAAUCAAAGUAUUGUUCCGUCAAAUCCGUCAACUCAUCAACGAUUUCCAAGGAUUCCGCCAAUUUCGAUCUGUCAGCGGACAGCCUGAUCAAUUUAGUGAAACCGAGCGAAAAUUCCAAGGACAGUUUGGAUAGGUCGUAUGUGACCAGCAACAAUGUUCUACCGAUCGAACUCAACGAUACACUUGAAGACGUGGAAUAUGUUUGGGACGAGAAAAAUCGCUACCUGCUGAAGCCAGUGUCGAAAACGGCGAAAAUCAAUCCAACCAACGAACCGGAAUACUUUAGCGCCGAUUCGUCAGUAAUACUGAUCGAUUCCAGUCCGGAUACUAGUUUUGUGACCGCGCAAAACGAGGUGAAAUUGAUCGACGUCAAGGAUAUCAAAAUUGAAACUUUGAGCGUCAAAUCGUCACUGUCGUACUGUACUUUGACAUCCGUGGAUUCCCAUCAAACCACUUCAUCAGCAUGUACCGUAUCGAGCACUCAUUUGAGUUUCACAACUGCGAAAAACGAUUUCAAAUUAAUUGACACCGACGACAUCAAAUCGGAAUAUUCUGGCGACAAAACCUCCACCACUUCAGAUGGUAAAACGAAUUCUUGGUCCACUCUUGAUUCGAGCGCUAACGCUUCCACCGCACCGAUGAUCGACGAAAAUGACAGCUUGUUCACGGGCAGAAAUAAAUUGAAGUCCAGUGAAUGCAAUGACGAUGUCACGUCAGAAACAUCUGGCGAUGGUCAAAUGUUUACGUGCAUCACAUACCCGAAAACGGCAUCUUUCUUCGAGGACGAUGAUGACAAAACGGUCGACAGUGACAUUGGCAAAUCAAGUGAAUAUUUUACAGCAGCUGCAACGAAUGAUUCGACUACAUCAACCAAUCGACUAGGCGUAUCUGCGGCCAGAUACAACACCCUCGAUGAUGUACCGUCAUUCUCGACUGACUCUACCGUUUCCAGCGUCUGUCACUCGAACGCUCCGCAGAAUGAUUCAACAGAAUCAGGAAAAUACUUUAACGACUCGUUGGAUCGCAUUGAGUAUAUGAUGAAAAAGGGACGCGAACUCCAACAGAAGACAUGUGACAAACCGUCAGCAGCUCGUUCUGUCAACUCACCAGUCUCCCAAUACCGAGUUCCAACUCCAAAAGCAUUGACCAGUUCGUCCCAGAAACGUAUGCUAACCGGACCGAAAUCUCCUGCGGUUAAAGCGAAACCGUUCGUCAAUUCGGCAAAGAAACUAAUUCAACCAUCACCAUCACAAGCUGUAACACCGUCUACACGGAUUUUAAAGCCAUUCAACCGCGCUCAAUCUGCUAAAAGCCAACCAACGGAACGUAAGCUGACUCCUUCGCGAGCAUCCCCGAUUAGUUCGCCGGCAUUCAAGAAACCCAAUUUCCCGACAUCCGGCUCGACAAAGGAUCCAACUCAGAGUCGUUUACCCAUAUCGAAGAACUUCAACCACAUCGUCAGUCCGAUCGGAGCGUACAUCAAAAACAUCGCGGCUCCACCGCUGUUGGCAAACGUUAAACCAACUUCGGAUUUUUUCGACUCCAGCUAUUGCAACAAAAUGUCAAAAGAAUUGGAUCAAUCGGUCAUGAGCGAUGCCGGUGCGAGCAAACCGUCCAAACUUGUUUCAUCGCUGCCAGUAAAGUUUUUCACCUCGUCGCAACAGCAGCGUGUCAUUGAUGAGAAAAUCCAGAAAAUCCCGGGCGGUGUGAAAUUGAAUCGCAUUAUCGGUCAAAUGCCGUCGGUCAUCUCGCACCAAGGACGAAUUCAUUCGGGUAAUCCAGUGAAACGAAUUGUACCGACCGAUGAUAGUUUUGCUAAUGUGUCUGUUAUGUCGGGUGAUAUAAGCGUUCAAGUUGUUAGAGACGUAAAACGGCAAUGAACAGUCGGUAGAUUUAUGUUGGUCGUUGUAAUGUAAGGCAAAAGAAAUAAAAAUUGUUUCUUUGACGAAUGAAA